AACUUGUAACAACUUGAUUGGGAUGGAAAUUGGAAUGAUGAUGCUGACUUUAACAAAAAAAAAAAAAAAAAAAAAAAAAGUGAUGAAUUGAUGAUGCUAUAUUGCUAUUAUUGCUAGUUCCCUCUCCAUCACGGCAUCACCAUUCACCCCUUUCGCUUGAGAGUUGAGAUAUGCAAUUUUUUGCAACUUAUUGAAACAUAAUUCUGUCAAAAUUGCAGAAUUAUCUGCUGUUUUGGUAGUGAGCCCUCUUAAUUCUUAAGUGGUGGUGUUAGAAAUAAUUUAUCCCAAAAAACCAAUUUGUACAUGUUGGGGAAAAUGCAGAUGCAAUGUUGUAGAAGCAGUGGCCUUUUCAAAUUAUCUUCCACUGCCCACCAUAAUUUUCCUUCUACAAGCAGUGAUUGCCAAUAGCCUUUGCUUGUGAGUGGAAAAUCCACAAUUUUGAACUGUGAUGAGGGGUGAAACUAAUGUAAGAUUGAGUUUGUGUGGGCAUUUGGGGCUACAACCGGCGAAAAAGGAAGGUGGUUGAUAUCAUCCAAGCUAAUAAAGAUGAUUCUACGAAGUCGGACGUAAAAAGGGCUCUUUUAGCUGCCAGAAAGAAGGAACGAAUCAAGUUGCCUUCUUAUGAAAAUGCGCGCGUUGGGGAAACGUAUCACAUUAGUCAGUUUUUGAAUCACCCAACUGGAGUUGAAGCAAUGUUGAAUGUUAAUGUUCUGGAAAACUAUGAUUCGAUCGAUGUCAACACGUAUAGAUGCAAGAUUCCACCAAUCCAGCUUCUAAACUUUGAGGUGGCCCCUGUGUUGGAUUUGCAAGUGAGUCCAGCCAGUGAAUGUUGCACUGUUGAGCUGUUGUCUUGUAAGUUUGAGGGCUCAGAAAUAGUGGAGAGCCAGAACAAGUAUUUCUCAGCAACCAUGAAAAACUUGAUAACUUGGGAUAAAACUGGUUCAGAAUCAUUUCUGGAUGUUGACGUGAAGUUGAACAUCGCUCUUGAGAUUUACAAUCAACCCUUUAAACUGCUGCCUGUAUCUACUGUGGAAGCCCCUGGAAAUAUAGUUUUGCAGGCACUCUUGGACAGAUUUGUUCCGCUUCUCUUGCAGCAAUUGCUGCAAGACUAUGAUGCUUGGGUUACACAACAGCAAAGGUUUCUUCCUUAAUUUCAUCUUGUGAAUAGUAUAAAAGGUUACCAUCCACCGCGGCUUAGUGAUAAUGUACAUCACAAUACCACUUCACUAACACCGGAAUCUUCAGAUGGCAUGUCACAGGCCCUGUUGAGAAUUCAUUAAGAUGGAAAAUUCAGAUUCCACCUGAGUUGCCAGUAAGAAUAACAGUGUUGGAUACAUUAGAUCCUGUAGGGCAUAAAUGUUGGGAGCAGGAGCGAGCUACAUGAAUGAUAAAGCAAAUAUUUUAACUGCUCAAGUCUGAGUUUCUAGCACUUGCAGGGUUUGGAGCCAUAUAUUACAAUUGUUUCAUAAUUGGUAACAUGAUACUGAGUAGUGCUUGUGCACAUUCUUAGAAUUUACCCUCUUAUAAAAAGCUCAAAAGUCAUGUGAGCAUUUUUUUUAAUGUGAGGGAAUACUUUAUUCCGGCAAAGAUAAUAUAAUAGCCGUUGCUUUGGAGGAUCA